AUGGAACUUCACACGGCCGCACGAAACGGCGACUUGGAGGCGGUUCGACGGAUGAUAGUGGUGGAUGGCGCCGACGUCAACGCUCGCGAUAAGCUGAACCGCACGCCGCUCCAUCUAGCAGCCUGGGCGGGCCACGCUGACGUCAUCACCCUGUUGUGCGCCAGCAAGGCGGCGGUCAACGCAGCAGCCGCGGACGACACUUCAGCGCUCCACUUCGCAGCGCAGAAGGGCCACGUCAGCGCCACGCGUGCGCUGCUGGCGGAAGGAGCAAAGCCGGCCGCGGCCACUAGAAAGGGCAUGACUGCCUUGCACUUUGCAGCUUCCAAGAACUUUCCGGAGGUAGUUAGGUUACUGGCUAGGAAAGGGGGAAAGGAGCUAUUAGGUAUGCGGAACAAAAGUGGCGAGAAGGCGGCUGAUUUGGCUGGGAAUGAGGAGAUCAAGAGACUAUUGGAGGGUCUGGAGGAGGAGUUAAUCAGCAGUGGUGGAGGCAAGGGCAAGGAGAAGGGGAAGAAGGAACACUCUGGGGGGGAGGAGAAAGGAGGGGAUGGGACGCACAGGGAAAUUGGUUUGUCUCAUCUCAGUGCUGAUGUGGAUGAUGCAUGGGAGGAGGAAGCAGCCUGA